AUGCAGGCAGUUUGGGUGUCUUUGAAGGAGAAUGUGAACUGUGUUAGUAAGCUGACUGAUGUGGUUGGAAGGCCAGGAAACAACUGUAGGAAAAAAGCGUAUGAUUCUAGAAAUGAGAACUUGGAGAAAGAGCUUGUUCAUCAACUGAGAAAUCCAUUUCGCGAAUCGCUUUUCAGACCAAACUAUCCGAAAACACAGUUUUAUGAGCUCAACAAUGGUGAUCCAUCAAGAAACAUCAUUGAGUUAAUCUUUCAAAAAGCGGCAAUGAAUCCCUCAAAACCACCAUGGAAGAUCAAAAGGGUUUUAAGAGUGAAGAACUCGAUAGAAGUUCUGGAAAGGUUCGAGGAGUACAGGGAAAAAGUUAUGAAAAACGCCUAUGAGCAACAUAGAAGACAUCCAAGAAGCAUGGUAGAUGGAAAUGAGCUGUUACUAUUCUAUGGCACUACAAUGGCCUGCUGCAGCAGAAAGCUGAAGCAAGUGUCUGAGCUUUGUAAAGAUCCCAGUUGUCGAGCCUGCCGGAUAAUUCAUUCGAGAUUUGACAUGGAAUUUACCAGGAAAAAUGGGAUUAGAUUGAGUACAUGUAGUGAGGAAGUGAGUGACAGUAUGGUUUCUUUCAAGUUGAAGAAUUUGAAGAGGGCCGUAAUAGUUUGCAGGGUUAUUGCUGGGAGGAUUGCCAAUACCAUUGAUGGGGUAUAUGAAGAAUUUGAUUCGAUUGGACGUGAAGGACCUCAGUCCAACUUAGAAUAUUUGACUGUACAAAAUCCUUGUGCUAUACUUCCCUGUUUUGUCAUAGUUUUCAACUGAAAUGUGAACAUUUUCUGG